GGCAGCUCUCGGAGGGGCCGCAGCGCACGGAGCCAUGCAGUACCCGCACCCCGGGCCCGCGGCGGCGGCGGCGGCGGCGGGGGUGCCCCUGUACGCGCCCACGCCUCUGUUGCAGCCCGCGCACCCGACGCCCUUCUACAUCGAGGACAUCCUGGGCCGGGCGCCCGCCGCGCCCACGCCCACCCCCACGCUGCCGUCCCCCAACUCGUCCUUCACCAGCCUCGUGUCCUCCUACCGGACCCCGGUAUACGAGCCCACGCCGAUCCACCCCGCCUUCUCCCACCACUCCGCCGCCGCGCUGGCCGCCGCCUACGGCCCCAGCGGCUUCGGGGGCCCUCUGUACCCCUUCCCGCGGACGGUGAACGACUACACGCACGCCUUGCUCCGCCACGACCCCUUGGGCAAACCCUUGCUCUGGAGCCCCUUCCUGCAGAGGCCUCUGCAUAAGAGGAAAGGCGGCCAGGUGAGGUUCUCCAACGACCAGACCAUCGAGCUGGAGAAGAAGUUCGAGACCCAGAAGUACCUCUCCCCGCCCGAGAGGAAGCGGCUGGCCAAGAUGCUGCAGCUCAGCGAGAGGCAGGUCAAAACCUGGUUUCAGAAUCGACGCGCUAAAUGGAGAAGACUAAAACAGGAAAACCCUCAAAGCGGCAAAAAAGAGCAGGAAAAUGUGGACAGUCCUUGUGAGCAGCGGCCAGACUUGCCCGGUGAACAGCACAAAGGUGCUUCUUUGGAUAGCUCCCAAUGCUCACAGUCCCCUGCUUCCCAGGAAGACCUUGAGUCAGAGAUCUCAGAGGAUUCUGAUCAGGAAGUGGACAUCGAGGGGGAUAAAGGCUAUUUUAAUGCUGGAUGAUUACCACUGGCACUGGCACACAGAAAACUGGACUUGGGAAUAACGUUUUGCAACAGAAGGUCUUCGUAGAAGAACUGGAAAACUUUAUAAGAAAGGGAAUCAAUUUUCUGGUAUUCUGGAAACCGAAAAUAUUUGGUGCACUGGUUAAUGAACAAACCUACGUUGAAGCCUGCAUUUUGACUUAACAGAUGGUUCAUGUAGGUUGUUUGGGUAAGGUGACUUUUCAGUGAUUAAAUUCACCACCAUCACCACCCCCCUUUAAAACAGUAAAUUGUUAUUGGUAUUUAUAAACAGCAAUAUUUGAAGGUUUCUGUGAACAUUUUGUUAUAACGUCAAGGUUUUCAUAGGGUCUGCUUGAACGACUUUUCCAUGACCUGUCUGUACAUCCUACUGCGUGGGAAAGCAGAGCAGAACCAACCCCGAAUCCAGAGUGUACUUUGGGUCUGGGUCCCUUGGUGUUAAAAGGGAACAUUCUUUACUUCUAUAUGAUGGUCAUAUCCCGAUGCCUUAAAUCCAAAACCAUUUCAAUAGCUUGUGUCUGGGGGCAGUGUGUCCUUUCUGUCAUAUAAGACUUCAAUGCUUGUUGUGCACUGUCACUUAUUACCUGUUUGACCAAGGUGUUAAGGGGUAGUACAGUCCAGCACAGGCAGAGAAACUGACUCCUUGGAGACAGAAUUCAUUGCAGGCUUAUUAAAUGUAAGUAGAUUGUAGAUACUGUGUUUUCUAUCAAACAUUGUUUAUAACGUGUAUAUAUAGAUCUGUUUCCUGUAAAAAAAAAAUGGCCCAAAUUGUGUGUUUGUGUUUGGUUUUUUAAUGAGUAACGUCUACAAAAUAAAUCCGUCCAUGGGACUACUGACCUCUU